UGAGAAAUGGGCUGGACGAGAACUAUCUUGAUCGGCUGAAGCUCAUGCGCUUUUACACUGUGGAUUCCGUUCAGAGCGAAACACACUGACAGCAUCGGCUCCUCUUUCUGUGUCUGUGCGCACACCGACAGUCAGGGUCAGCAGACACUUUCCACCGCAUUGCAAAAACAUCUUUUAUCCAAUUUCCUCGGAGGAGACGCGUUUCAUCGCUGCAGACGCGCACAGCGCAUGUUCCUCUAAACCAGAGUCCACCUGUGUGUAUGUGUGAGUGGGAGAGAUUUGUUCAUUUCCAGGAACGGGGCUGUGCAACUCUUCUUCCUCACAGGACCGCGAGGAGAACCCGUCAACGUCAUUUAUACGGGAAUAACAGCUUUGAUUUUUCUACGGAGUGAUUAUUAUGCGCGUCCUGUGCGGAUUGUAAGAGAGGAACUUAGUCGCCCGUUUGCUCCAGAUCCAAAGGGACAGAUCUGCUCGUUCCAGCAGGGAAUACUCGGGUUCGGAAGAAAUUCCUGUCCAUAUUUGAGUACUUGGGAGAGACCGAAAGAGCGCGCACAAUGCCACUUGCUCAACUGGCAGAACCAUGGCCCAAAAUGGAGCUGGUGCAGUUGGAGACGGAGAAUGGACAGAGCACCACUGAAGAUGGAGUCACUGCAGCUGUUAAGUUCAAGUCACAGAUCACCUGGGUAGAGAGAGAGUUUGCUGACAUUAAUGUGAAGGAAGAUGGUGAGAUCAAGGAGAUCAACAUCACACAUGUGGUCAAGGAGGGGGCAGAGAAGGCAGACCCCUCACAGUUUGAGCUGCUCAAAGUGCUGGGGCAGGGCUCCUUUGGAAAGGUGUUCUUGGUACGGAAGGUAACCCCUCCUGACAAUAACCAACUCUAUGCCAUGAAGGUCCUGAGAAAGGCUACACUCAAAGUGAGAGAUCGUGUGAGGACUAAAAUGGAGAGAGACAUCCUGGCAGACGUCAACCAUCCAUUUGUGGUUAAACUCCAUUAUGCCUUUCAGACUGAGGGUAAACUCUAUCUGAUUCUGGACUUCCUCAGAGGGGGCGAUCUAUUCACCAGGCUGUCAAAAGAGGUGAUGUUCACAGAAGAAGAUGUGAAGUUUUAUCUGGCUGAGCUGGCACUGGGUCUAGAUCACCUACACGGUCUCGGCAUUAUCUACAGAGAUCUCAAACCUGAGAACAUCCUCCUGGAUGAAGAGGGCCAUAUCAAACUCACAGAUUUUGGGCUGUGUAAGGAAGCUAUCGACCAUGAGAAGAAGGCUUACUCCUUCUGCGGGACGGUGGAAUACAUGGCUCCAGAGGUGGUUAAUCGGCAGGGACACACCCACAGCGCUGACUGGUGGUCAUUUGGGGUACUGAUGUUUGAGAUGCUUACCGGGUCACUGCCAUUCCAGGGAAAAGACAGAAAAGAAACAAUGAAUCUCAUCCUGAAAGCAAGGUUGGGGAUGCCUCAGUUCCUGAGCGCUGAAGCUCAGAGUUUACUGAGAGCUCUGUUCAAGAGGAACCCCACCAACAGACUGGGAUCUGGAUCAGAUGGAGCCGAGGAAAUCAAACGCCAUUCGUUCUUCAUGACAAUUGAUUGGAAUAAACUCUUCAGGCGAGAGAUAAAACCCCCGUUCAAGCCAGCAGUGGCCAGACCUGACGACACCUUUUACUUCGAUUCGGAGUUCACUUCUCGUACACCCAAAGAUUCCCCAGGCGUUCCUCCCAGCGCCGGGGCUCAUCAGCUCUUCCGGGGCUUCAGCUUUGUUGCCACAGCGAUGCUAGAGGAGGAAGGCAAAGAGGAGCCCUCUCAACCCCCUCCACACCCUGUGGUACAGCAGCAGCUUCAUGGUAAGAACAUCUUGUUCAGUGACGGUUACGUGCUGAAAGAGGACAUUGGCAUGGGCUCUUUCUCUGUCUGCAAACGCUGCAUACACAAAGCAACCAACACAGAGUAUGCAGUAAAGGUAAUUGAUAAAACAAGCACCGACCCAUCUGAAGAGAUUGAGAUCCUGCUGAGAUACGGCCAGCAUCCCAACAUCAUCACUCUCAAAGAUGUCUAUGAUAAUGGGAAGCAGGUGUACCUGGUCACUGAGUUGAUGCGAGGAGGUGAGCUGCUGGACAGAAUCCUCAAGCAGAAGUUUUUCUCUGAAAGAGAGGCUAGUGCUGUGCUGCACACUAUCACAAAAACCGUGGAAUACCUGCAUUCUCAAGGGGUUGUGCACAGGGAUCUGAAGCCCAGUAAUAUUCUGUAUGUCGACGAGUCUGGAAAUCCAGAAUCUCUGCGCAUCUGUGAUUUUGGCUUUGCCAAACAGCUAAGGGCAGACAACGGUCUCCUCAUGACACCCUGCUAUACUGCCAACUUUGUAGCACCUGAGGUACUGAAGAGACAGGGCUAUGAUGAGGGUUGUGAUAUUUGGAGUCUUGGAGUAUUACUUUACACUAUGCUUGCUGGUUUUACGCCAUUUGCCAACGGACCAGAAGACACUCCAGAAGAUAUUCUGAGUCGGAUAGGAAGUGGCCGCUUUACUCUGACGGGAGGCAACUGGGAUGCGGUGUCUGAUGCUGCCAAAGACUUGGUCUCUAAGAUGCUCCAUGUGGACCCUCACCAGAGGCUCACAGCCAAGCAGGUCCUGAAGCAUCCGUGGAUUGUUCAGAGAGACAAACUUCCCAACAGCCAGCUACAACACCAAGAUGCCAAGCUUGUCAAGGGGGCGAUGGCCGCCACAUACUCAGCGCUGAAGAGUUCCCAACCACCCCCUGAGCUAAAGCCCAUCGAGUCCUCAUUCCUGGCGCAGAGACGGGUGAAAAAGCUCCCAUCCACCUCUCUGUAGAGAACGAGAAGAUGAAAAAUGGAGAAGUACUCCUGACUGAAUGCAGUUGUGGAAAGGAUGGAUGGAUGGAUGAAAGAACCACACUGAAGCUCUACAGACUAAAGACGGUCUCUUGAACCUGCCCAUGACAUCAGCACUGGAGUGAAGCUGUCAAGCAUGCUAGGCAAGGCAGGUGAUUGGCUGAUGAAGUUUGAGGGGCGUGGCCAGUGAGGGUUCCGUACUCCAUUAGGAGUAGAUGUGUGUGUGUGCGUCUGUGUGUGUGAGAUUUCGAAAUCGGGUAAAGGAUACUGUUAUAAAAUAGAUGAUAUUCCCAGUGCAUUUAUGUCUUGGUACUGUAAUCCUUAAAUAACAACACUGAGUUUUUGAUUUUCUUUUUUAUUUCUCAGUUUUUGUUUGUUUUGCUUUUUGUUUAUUUUUUUUAUCUCUGUAGUUUGGAUUUUCGUGUUGAUUUGUCUGUUCUUGGAAGCUUUUCUGCAGUAGUUUUCUCUUCGUCCGUCUCUCCCUGAAAGCUCAAAGUGGCCUUCAGCAGAAAGAGAGAUGUUCCAGUAUAAUAUUUCACCCAGAUGAAUGAGUAAAGGUUAGAUAUAUCUUCCACAAUGAUCCGGUAAGCAUGUUCACAAGACUACCAACCUAAACACGGUGGAGAAUGGAAGUGCUCUCUGCAUGGAUUUGUACAAUGCUGUCAUGUUUCUUUCUUGUUUUCCCCAACUCGGCACUUUUACUUGGUGAACCUGUCAGCACUGGUGAAGACUGUUCAGAAAAUGUCUCCUUGUUUGUUUAUUAAAGUAAGGAAUGAAAAAGUCUGAAUGUGAGAUGACACCCGAAGCUUGUGGCAUGGAAAAAUGUUGCUUUCAUGUGAUUUCCAGUGUUUUUUUUUCUUCUGGAUAUUGACUGCUGUCUCCUGUGUUUUGAUUUUGUUGCUGUUGUUGCUUAAAGAGAAGUUAUUUUAUAAAGGGACAUUGAGCACAAAAUGUAUAAAUAUGACAGCUGAGAAAACGAUUUAAUGAUUGUGUAUAUUUUUAUCUGUCUAUCCUAUUCCUUGUUCACCCUGUGUUCAGAAGCCCAGUGUGGUGGAACUAUCGACUGUAUUGUGCUCAGGAUGUUAUUAGAGAUGCCUUGCAAAUUCAUGAAGCCUCGCUCAAGUAUUGCACCCUUUACCAAUCAAACAUGUCUUAUCAGUUUUAAGACGUGCUUACAGUAUUGUUUUGCAUUGCCCUUUUCAGAAAUUCAGAAUUUUUGAAUUGAGUUAUAAAAAUCAUAAAAAAUCAGAAAAGGAUGUAGUUUUGAUUAUUCGUUUUACCAAGGAUAGUUCACUCCAAAAUGAAAAUUGUGAUCAUUUACUCACCCUCAUGUCUUUCCAAACCUGUAUGACUUUCUAUAUUUCACAAAAAUAAAAUAGGGACCAGGAAUCCAUUUUCACCCUGUUGAGGAAAAAACAAAAACAUGGGCAUUCUGCUAUUGAUAUAAAGGGAUACCGGUUUGGAAUGACAUGAGGGUGAAUAAAUGAUAACAGAAUAUUCACUAUUGGGUGAAUCAUACCUUUAAAUCUUUAAAGUAACUGGAACAGAAUUUGGAAUUGACCCAAAGUGUUAUAAAAACAACAUACAGUCUGUCUCUCUAAGUGUGCAUUCUGUUUCUCCCAAACUUUAUUUGCUCUUUGUGUGGUAUUUGGCGUUAUUCUUGCCUAAAAAAAAAAUGUGGUUUUGUUUUUUUGUCUUUACUUGAAGAAAAAAGGCUUUAUUUACUGGGAGUCACAGCAUUCAGUCGUAUUACUGUGUAAAUGUGUUUGUUUCUCCUGCCUGAUGUUGGGGUGGGUGGGCUGGGUGGUGUUUGUGGUAAACGGGUGUAAAUUAUCACCCUUUGCUUUUACAGUUAAGGGCCUGAAUUCAAGAACCUUCAUCCUGAUGCCUUUCUAUUAAAAGAAAAGAAAAAAAAUAAA